AGCACUUAGAAAAUGAAGCCAUCAAGAACAAACUUUCAGACAUGAAAAGAUAUAAUAACUUCAAAAAUAUGACAAUUGUACCACCCAACAAAGUAGUUAAAGUUGAUACACGUAAGCAGUUUUUACCUGUCGGUAGAAAUCGUAAACUCUCUCCUCUAUUUGACGAUAAGGAUGAAGGAGUUGAGUUGGUAACUUUGCUGGCAAAGGACAGAAAAUAUCCUUAUAGAAUACCUUUAUGUAGUUCCGAUGUUACGUCAGAGAAGAAAAUGGGAGGAACUUGCCUUUGGAAUAGACAAGGCUCUGCCUACUUGAAGGAUCUUGCUGCACAAAUGAUUCGUAAAAGACAACUGAUGAAGGAACUGCAAGACAAGGAAUUUGACAGCAGUCGGCGCCACUUUUCAACAUGGGAUGGAUUUUGGGGUAGACCAGGUCAUGGAGCACCUUUGCCAGAAAUCAGAAAACGUUGUUUAGAUCAAAUGCUAUACCCGAAAAUGGCACCGAUUGGAGUUCAUUAGUGGAAAAUCUAGUCCAAUUAAUCAAAAGUUUUUGUAA